GGCCGGCGCCCUGGAGCGGGACAUGGACGAGCUGCUGGGCCGCUCGGUGCCCCCGACGCCCGCCUACGAGCUGCGCGACAAGACGCCGGCGCCCGCCGAGGGCCAGUGCGCCGACUUCGUGAGCUUCUACGGCGGCCUGGCGCGGGCGGCCGAGCGCGCGGCGCUGCUGGAGCGCCUGGCGCGCGGCUUCGGCGUGGACCACGGCCUGGUGGCCGAGCAGAGCGCCGGCGUGCUGCAGCUGCGGGAGCAGCCCCGCGAGGCCGCCGUGCUGCUGCAGGCCGAGGACCGGCUGCGCUACGCGCUGGUGCCGCGCUACCGGGGCCUCUUCCAGCACAUCAGCAAGCUGGACGGCGGCAUGCGCUUCUUGGUGCAGCUGCGGGCCGACCUGCUGGAGGUGCAGGCCCUCAAGUUGGUGGACGGGCCGCAUGUGCGGGAGAUGAAUGGGGUGCUGAAGAACAUGCUCUCCGACUGGUUCUCACAGGCCUUUCUCAACCUUGAGCGAGUCACCUGGCACUCACCCUGUGAAGUACUCCAGAAAAUCAGUGAGACAGAAGCUGUGCACCCCGUGAAGGACUGGCUGGACAUGAAGCAACGCGUGGGGCCCUACCGCAGGUGCUUCUUCUUUUCCCACUGCUCCAGCCCUGGGGACCCGCUGGUGGUGCUGCAUGUGGCGCUGACCAAGGACAUCCCCAGUGCUAUCCAGGAGAUUGUGAAGGAUGAGCCGCCGGCCGGCCCCGAGGACCAGAGUAACAUGGGCGCUGCCAUCUUCUACUCCAUCGGCCUCAUCAAGCCUGGCCUGCGGGGCGUGGAGCUGGGCACCUUCCUCAUCAAGCGGGUGGUGAAGGAGCUGCAGCGAGAAUUCCCCCACCUGGGCACCUUCUCCAGCCUGUCCCCCAUUCCCGGCUUCACCAAGUGGCUAUUGGGGCUCCUGAGCUCACAGGCCAAGGAGUCAGGCUCAGCCCAGCUAUUCUUGGACUCGGAGCUGCAGGAGCUGGCAGCACUCACAGGCAGCACUGCUCCCAUUCAUGACACCAUGCGCAGCCUACUGUCCAAUAGCGAAUGGAUCAAGUCAGCCGAGCUGGUGCAGGUGCUGCGGGCACCUCUGCUGAGGCUGUGCGCCUGGUACCUGUACGGUGAGAAGCACCGUGGCUACGCCCUCAAUCCCGUGGCCAACUUCCACUUGCAGAACGGUGCCGUGCUCUGGCGCCUCAACUGGAUGGCGGACCUCAGCCCCAAUGGCUUGGCAAACUCCUGUGGCCUCAUGGUCAACUACCGCUACUUCCUGGAGGACACCGCAGCCAACAGCACCGCCUACCUGGGCAACAAGAGCAUCAAGGCCUCGGAGCAGGUGCUGGGCCUGGUGGCCCAGUUCCAGAAGCACAGCAAGCUGUAGACCCCUGGGACACAGCCACCUCCUGGGGUCCCCCCUUGUGUCCCGGACUCGAACUGGGUGUGAUGGGGAGGGGUCUGCA